AUGAAGUACAUGAAGGGAUUAAGUUGGAUUCAGACAAGAUUGAGGUCAAUCCAGGUCGAAAAGCAGUGGCGAAGGUUAAUGCUGAACAGUUUCUGGGGCAAAUUUGGCGAGGGUGACAAUAAACCCACCACCAGCACAUUGCAAAAAGUAGAAGAUUGGGAAAAGUUGAUCAACGAUGAUUCCAUCAUUGUCAAAAGCGUCAAUGUGUAUAGUGAAGACGUCUUGGAAGUCACUACAGUCAAAAAAGAAGGCGCAUGGGCUCCUAAUACAAGGGGUAAUAUUUUUAUUGCCUUGUUUACCACAGCCAUAGCUAGACUCAAGUUGUAUGAAGCCUUGGAUGUAUUGCAAAAAAGAGUCCUGUAUUACGAUACAGACUCAGUCAUCUAUAAGAGCAAACACGGUCGAGACAGAUUACCACUGGGCAAAUUUUUAGGUCAGUUUACAGAUGAGAGAGGGGGAGAUACCAUAGAAGAGUUCGGAUCAGCAGGACCGAAGUCCUACAGUUAUAAGACCAAUGGAGGCAAGACCGAAUGCAAAAGCAAGGGGUUAAAAAGCACACAUGCUGUGAGACAAGUGUUGAAUUGUGGGUCCAUGUUGAAUCACAUUCAGUUCGAACUGAAAGACCUUGAAGAAAGCAAACGACAGCUAAAAACGACGGUUUUUAAUCAUUUUGUCAGGAAUAGUAAAGUCAAAAGUAUUCAUUUAGAGGAUAUGAUCAAAAUAUUCCAAGUGAAUUGGGAUAAGCGUGUGGUAGAAAAAGGAACAGGGGUGACGUAUCCUUAUGGCUAUGUUAGAUUGUAA